UUCCCUGUUGAACCCCGACACAGGCCUCAUAGAUUUAGAAACAUUUGCUAAGUGGCCUGUGAUAGUGCCCCGCCCCCUUGUGCUGUGGACACCCUGUCAGCUUGCCAAAGCAAUAGGAACAUCCCGGCCAAAUCAUGUAGAGGAGAGCAGCGCAUUAGGCUUUGGCCAGACAGGCUGCUGCAAACCAUGUAAUCCCCUGCUGGUAGCUACCACGGGCAGCGAGGGAGCGGCUGCUGCUGCUGCUGCUGCUGCUGCUGCUGGUGGUGCUGGUGUCACAGUGAAGCCCAGCUGGCAUCAGUGUAAUGUUCUGGCAGCAGAGUCAGACUCAGGCAGGCAGACCUCCACCGAGCCGAGCACAGACACAAUGGAUUGGUCGCCGACUUCCUCCAGCCUGAUGGCGAGCAGCAACGUCACCAACAAGACGGACCCUCGCUCCCUCAACUCCCGUGUCUUCAUCGGCAACCUGAACACCCUGCUGGUCACCAAGGCCGACGUCGAGGCCAUCUUCUCCAAGUACGGCAAGGUGGUCGGUUGCUCCGUCCACAAGGGCUAUGCCUUCGUCCAGUACUCCAACGAGAGGAACGCCCGGGCUGCUGUGGGCGGAGAGGAUGGACGUAUGAUCGUGGGACAGGUGUUGGACAUUAACCUGGCAGGCGAGCCGAAACCUCACAGAUCGAAGACGGCAAAGCGUUCUGCAGGAGACAUGUACAGCUCAUCUGUUGAUUUGGACUAUGACUUUCAAAGAGAUUACUACGAUAGGAUGUACUCCUACCAGUCCCGUGUUCCUCCUCCUCCCCCUCUAUCCCGGGCCGUCAUUCCCUCCAAGCGUCCACGGGUCAGUCUGAGUGGAGGAGGGAGCCGACGGACCAAAACCAGCUUCUCCUCCUCCAAGAGCAGCCAGAGGACCUCCCGUACGAUGAAGUCUGAUGAUCUGCAGACCAUCAAGAGGGAGCUGACGCAGAUCAAACACAAAGUGGACUACCUGCUGGAGAGCCUGGAGCGCAUGGAGAAGGACCACAGCAAGAAGUCAGCGCUAAGGAGCAUCAAGCAAGAACCAGGUGAGGUGUCCUCCCUCAACUCGUCCACCUCCAGCAAGAAAGACGACAGCUUGAAACAGGGCAGAGAGAGCCAGGACUCCGAGGAGGAGGGAGAUCUGCUGGAGGACGAAGAGGAGAUGAAAAGCAGAGGGCGAGACGAGGAGGACGACGAUGAGGAAGAGGAAGGGGAGCAGGAGGAAGGAGAGGAUGACGGUGACAGUCUCAAUGGAGACGAUUCCUAAACACCACACAGGCAGACCGACACACACAAACACACACUUACACACAAACAAGUGUGUAUGAUUGUUACGCCACACCAGACUCGUAUGCAGUGAUCACGUGCUCACAUCUGCUGGACUGACUGGACAUUUACAUACAGUGAAGUAUAGACGCUCUCUAACACACAGACAUGAAGUCAUAUGAAGGUUUUUUUCUGGAUGUUUCCAUUUUUUUAAGUUGGUAAUUCAAGGAUUCCUUUUUUUAUCUGACUAUCUUUCUUGAUUCUUUCUGCCUUGGAUACAUUAAACAUGAAUGUGUUACAUCAAGACAAAUUACAAACUGAAGUGAAAGAUAAACAAAGCUCAACCCUUUUUAUUUGGAUGAUAUUUUGAGCUUGAUGCAGAAUAAAUAAUAAACUAAUUAGCUAUGUAUGCUAACCGGAUACAAAACCUGGCCCUUUACUGCAGCACUUGCUUGAAAAUGUAUUAUAUAAAAUAUGUUCCCUGAUUGAUCUGCUGCACAUCUUCCUCCAAACCAGCAGGUGGCAGUGUAUCCUCACAACAAGCCAAACAAAAGCCCACAAGGCCUGUCCUCUGUUGAUCACAAAAGCACCUUCUGCUUGUCAGAUAAGAACUCGAGCAUGUGAAAAACCCCUCGUCCGACUGCGCAAACACUACAACAAAAACCCCUCAUUGCUGCAGAAUUUUUCAUUUAUUUUUUUCUUGUUGCUGAGGUGUUGCAACCUCUACUGACCUUGACUUGUGUAAUGCAGUGUUACUCCAUGUUUGUCUGAUUCUGUUGAUGUGAUGUUUGUCACUGGACCACACUGGUUAAAGUGAAUAAACAUGUUUUCCAAGUUGGAAUCUGUUCCAA